AUGUACAACCACCGUCAGGAGACGGCCAACAGUUCGGCGGCCGUGACGCCCGUACGGGCAGGCACGCCGGACAGCGACACGAUCACGCCUGUUGCGCGCAUAAACCCAUUCGCGACCCCAUAUGGCUCAAUGCCAGCUUCGAGAACCGGCUCGACAACCGGUUUACAGCUCCCAGAACAGCGAUAUUUUCAUUCCAGGCGGAUGAAGAAGGGUACCGUGGAGAGGCCAUGGAUGGACAGAAAAGACCCGAAAGAGAAAUGGGUCACAAUCAUUCCGCUACUUGGUAUUUUCUUCGGCCUGGCGAUCACCGGUGUGCUCAUCUGGGACGGCCUGCGCACCGUGGUCAAUCACGUCUACUGCCCGGUCCUUGAUGAGGACUUCUCUGGAGGCCUCAACAGCGCAGUAUGGACGAAGGAAGCUGAGGUCGGCGGGUUUGGCAACGGCCAAUUCGAGAUGACUACCACUAACGACGAGAACGUCUUCGUGCGAGACGGCCAGCUCUACAUCAAGCCGACCGUCCAGGAUCCUGCUCUGAUCGAGUCAAACAACGUCAUCGAUCUUCUCGCCGAUGGCUCCUGCAGCUCAACUCUGUGGUCCAAUUGCAUUACUGGAACAAACGUCACCAACGGCACCAUCGUAAACCCGGUUAAAUCGGGACGCAUCAACACCAAAGCGGGUGCUACCCUCCAGUAUGGUCGUGUCGAGGUUACGGCCAAACUUCCCGCUGGAGACUGGAUGUGGCCUGCCAUUUGGAUGUUGCCAGUUGACAGCAAGUACGGUCCCUGGCCGCGCUCCGGCGAGAUUGAUAUCAUGGAAUCUCGCGGCAACAAUUACACCUACCAACAAGGCGGAAACAACAUUGUCAGCAGCGCCCUGCACUGGGGCCCCAACUCUGCGAACGACGCUUGGUGGCGCAACAACGUGAAGCGCAAGGCUCUGCACACCACCUACUCCGCAGGCUUUCACACCUUCGGUCUGGAGUGGUCUGAAAAGUACAUCUUCACGUAUAUCGACACCCGUCUGCUUCAGGUCAUGUACACGCAGUUCGACAAGCCUCUCUGGAAGCUAGGCCAGUUCCCUCUCUCCGACAGCAACGGCACUCGUCUCCAAGAUCCCUGGAGUUUCACCGGCAGAGAUAACACACCCUUCGAUCAGGAGUUCUACCUCAUCCUCAAUGUCGGGGUUGGCGGCACCAACGGCUGGUUCAAGGACGGCGAAUCCAACAAGCCUUGGGUCGACAGCAGCAAGACCGCAAGGAAGGACUUUUGGGAGGCUCGCGAGCAGUGGGAGCCGACGUGGGAGAAGGACGGCCAGAUGAUUGUCAAGUCUGUCAAGAUUUGGCAGCAGCAAGGCUACAAGGGCUGUUAG